UGGGUGUUUUGCGGAAGGACUGGGACAUCUGCAGAGAAGGGGGAGCGGCGGCGGCUGGAGCGUGCCCUGUUCGGGGCUGAAGUUCCUCCAGCGCCGGGGGCUGUGAGUGCGCGCAGCCGGGGGGGGCGAGCAGCGGGGCCGGGAUCGCGCUACCCGGAGCGUACGCAGGCAGACGUGAUUAAAAUUCAAGCCUAAUGGCCUCUGGCAUAAACAACAUUCAUCAGCCCGGGACUUGCAAUGGAUCUAAAGCCGCUCGCAGCAGCUCGGCAGAGGAAUGCAGUCGGGAAAUGCACAUGAAAAUGUGCAAGAAGAUUGCCCAGCUCACUAAGGUGAUAUAUGCCUUGAACACUAAGAAUGAUGAACAUGAGGACAGUAUACAGGCUCUGAGAGAGGCUCAUGAGGAAGAAAUUCAGAAUAUUCUUGCUGAGACAAGAGAAACAAUUCUUCAGUGUAAAAACAAAGUUGAAGAAGAACAAUUACUGAGAAAGCAUAUUCAGGCCCUUGAAAUUGCCGUAGCACAACACAAGAGAUUGAAGGAAGAAGCCUUGGCAGAGUUAAUAUUGUGUAAAAAGCAAGCAGAAGAGAAGGAGUCAAGAACAGAAGUGAAACAAGCACAGAUAGGCCUUUCUACAGACACAGUAGAUACCAAUGAAGACUUUGAAAACAAACUUCUACAUUUAAAUCAGGAGUUUGAUGGACUGCUAAAAAAUCUAGAUAAAGAAGUAAAUUUAGAUGAAAAAUGUAGUGCGGAAAGACACACUGUAAUAAACGAGAUGGAAAACCUGAAGAGCAAGGACCAGAAAACAACUGAAGAGUAUACUCAGGAAACAAGAAAACUGCAAGCCCCUUGUGAGACAGGAAAAGAGACUUUGAAAAAAGCCAUGCAGCAAUCUGUGAUAGAAACAAACUGUCCGCAAAGAGAAACGGAGCAAAAGAAGAGCUCAGAGCCUGAGAAAGGUUUAUUACUGCAGCAGGUAAAGAAGCUGGAAGCAGACCUAGAGGAGAAAAGUCAGAAGAUAAAUGAGAGGAAGAAGCAUUCCCAGAAGCUGAAGGAGCAAAUACAGGAGCUCCAGACACAACUAGAUGAAUUUAAAAGAAAAUCUGAGUGUGAACUAAAGCAACUAGAGAAAGAGAAAGAAGCUCUAACUGGGAAGCUUCAAAACUCUUCACUUGAGGUGGCUCAGCUGAAGCAAAUAUUAGAACAACAAGCAAAUCAUUUCAAGGAGUCACUGAAGAAACAUAAUCUACAGUCCAACAAAGAAAAAGAGAAGCUUAUGCAGGAUCUUCACAACACCAUCAAAGAAAACCAAAAUGUUAAACUGCAGUUGGAGGCAUCACAUCAAAAAGUCUUAAAAAUGUUAGAGAAAAGCAAGAAUCAGGAACUCAAGGAGGCAGAAGAACGUUUGAAAAAGGAAUUUAAUGAGACUUUCAAGAUUCAACACCAGUCUCAUAGGCUGGAAAUACAAACCUUGGAAGAGAAAGCAAAGAAAGAAUUACAUGAUGAACUUGAGCAGAUACAGAAGCAACAAUCCCUGUUGCUAGGAUCUUUAAGGGUGGAACUCUCUGAGCAACAGACAUCAUGCACUAACCUAAAGAAACAAAUAGAAGAACUACAAAUGGAGCUGAGGAGUGUGAAGACACUGAAGAAACAACAGGAAGGAAGUAGCCAAAGCCAGAUCAGAUCUCUUCAUGAUGAACUGGAAAAAUGUCAGAAUGAAAUUUCUGAACUCAAGAAAGAGAAUUUACUUUUGAAGGACACAAUGGAGCUACUCAGUGCUGAAUUGGAGUCACAGAAGCAAGAAGCUGCACAGCUUCAGGAUAGAGAUAAACAGCAUAGAAGGCUACUGUUAGAAGACCUCAGUAUGAAGCAUAAAAAAGAACUGGACAUACUGAAGCAAGAUCACCGGAAGGAAAUUGAAAACAUAGUAUCUGAUUUCAGCAGCACUCAGGCACAUCUCCAAGCAAAGAUUUUCUCCUUAGAAGCAGUACUUAAAGAAUUAGAAGAAAAGUCAAGAAAGUGGGAGUCCAGGCCUGAAGAUACACACCUUAUAAACUGUCUGCAAGACAAAUUAAGUGACAGAGAAGAGAUUAUCAAACAGCUGGUGGAAGGAAGAAAAUGUCAGCAUUCACUUUCAGCCAACACUGAAUAUUACAGGAAUCGGUCAUUUUCUUUCAACCCUAAUACAGUAUGCCUGACUCCUUCCAUGAAGCAGAAGAAGAAAACGGUUGAGGUGCCCAGUCGUGUUGUCAGUGUUCCAAAUUUAGCUUCCUACGCAAAGAGCUUUUUGAGCUGUGAUUUAAGAUCAAAAAGAAGUGCUCCACAAAUAACAAAAUCUACAAGCUUAGACCGGAGUCCUGGCUGCCUCAGGGUGGGCUCUCCAUCAACACAGUCCUCAGACAGCAGUGCUGCCACAAGGACACAUGGCAAUGAACCACCACAAACCAAAGAUGACCAAAAACAAGACCCUCAGCAUCAAGAAUGGUUUACCAAGUAUUUUUCAUUUUAAAAAAACUAUUUCCAUGCUUCUCAGAAUUACUAUAGAAGUCAUUCCUGUUUUCUUUUUAGGAAUGAUAAUCCAAUAGAUGAUUUAAGGCAAGAAAAAAAAUAUGUAAUUUCUAAGUAAAGUCAGAAAAUACUUGCACUCUCUUAUACCUAGUAACUAUGGAGUUACACGCAUGAAUUUCAGGAAAAUACAUUUUUUUUAACAACUUCUGUAAAAAAAAAGAAGAAAAAGUUUGGAUACAGUUAUGCAAAAAGACUUUAUAAUCAUGAGACUGUACCACUCCACAAUUUCAUUAAAUAUGGAAUUUGGAUUUUGAUACCUCCUGUCAAUUUGACACCAGCUGAAAAAAGAUGUUCCUUCUGUACAUUUAUCCACUUGCUUCAUCAGCUGUUUAAAGUAAAUUCUUCAUAUAAUAAUGUAAUUUAAAAAGUUUUUAAUGCUUUUUGUUAAAUUAAUUUUAAGCUGUACAGCAUGUGGUACACCUUCAAAAAUAGCAUGUUAUAGCAGGCUGGUUUAGAAAUAAUUUCUGGUUUGCUUCAGAAACUGUUUUGUAUAGUCAGCAUUGCUAUGUAAUAUUCCCAUUGAAUUUCAAUAUAUGUAUCAGCCUGAUAAAUUAGGAUGAUGUGUAAGUAUGAACAUUAAAGCUUGUAAAUUAUCCAAUUUCUAUGUUUUUUGAAAGAGUUCUAUGUUACACUGAAGUAAGUCAGACUUGUACACUGAGCUCCACAGCGAUGGCAACUACAUCCUUGUACCUUUUAACUCCAUAAUAGUUUUAUGCCCACAUAAAAGCAAAGUGGGGGGAUGACUACAUUUAUCAGAUCAUGCUAAUUCAUUGCUGGCAGGAAAGAACCCAUAAAGAAGUUGACUCUUGGGCAAUUAACCCAGUGUGAAAGGCAGGGAAAAGCGCAACCAGCAGCCUGCUGUUUAAGACAGGAUAGUUCCUCUUCAAUUGCUUUGAAUCCCCAUUUGGUUUCAACCAUCAGGGCCCAGCUACCUAAAAAAAUUUUACAUCUGCAACGAGGUGUACCUCCAGCCUAACCUCUUCCAACAGAUGCAAACACUCCAUAUAAAACAGCCACUGCAUCUCACUGGUGGUGCAAAGGUGGAAGGAAGGGCAGAACACUUCUCCAUGCCAAUACUUUUCAUCCCAGUUAUCUAGUAUUUUUUCCAAGAGGAACUGUUUGGUUGGAAAAGUGACUGGUAGUAGAUUUGGCAAAAAGGCUCUUUUCAUACUUGUAAUCAAGAAAGAGAUUAACUAGUACACAGUAACACUGAUGGGUGCCUUGGCAUCUCUGAGGAUCGAAAUGUACAACACUGUUUUCAUUACUUUUCAUCCAUGCUGCCCCAAGAACACUAGAAAUUUCAAUACACAAUUAGCAAUUUGUAUUUCCAGGGUUACAACUAAUUAUUCAACUCUGCCCCCAAAAAGUUAUUGUAGAAAAGUGGUUAUAUGGAUGAAUUAAAUUUGUUGCUUAGUAAUACACAGACGGGACUCUUGCUAUUUCUACCUCCAAAAUCUUUUUUGGCUACAUUUAACUUACUAAAUAGAGCACUGUAAUAAAAGGUAAUUCUGUAUACUGGACAGUGGUGGUGAUCCUACCUCCACAAUGAGUGGUCUAUAUUUUGGGGAUGGGUAUUUUGGAAUACCUCUUCAGUAGCCUGAGAGUCAGAACAUCAGUAACAUGAGGCCUGCAUUACAUAUCCCACCCUUUUUUGUCCAUUUUUCCAUUACAAUUUAUCCUAUAAGAAUCAAAUUUGUAUAUCCCAAGACACCUUCCAUGAGGUGAGCCAGUCUGGUGGAGAUUGACAAGUCACUUCAGAAAAAAGUGAUCUGACCUACAUAGAGACAAUUCUAAGGGUGCUUCUGCAGUGGUACUCAGGGAUAAUUACUGGAUCACAAAACAUUAAAAUAUUCCAGGAAAAUCAAGCACUAAUCUUUGCAUAUAUU